UGACGAGUCCGGUCAAAACAUGUAGCCUUGCUCUGCACCUUCCCAUGUCUUCCUUCCCCCACUUCUCCAUUAAGAAUUCUCCUCUCUUCUUCUUCUUUUUGUAUAUAAACUCUGUUUCUUCCUCCUUUUCCCGUCUGUAAAUAAUUCCAAAUCCCACAAAUUCCCGGCGAGAAAUCUUACACAGAGAUUGAUCCACCGAUCGAUCAACCAGCGAUGGGUUUUUCAAAAGAAGACAAAUCGAGGCGUCUGCUUCUGAGAGCAGUGAAGACCCUCUUCUUCCUAAUCUACAUGCUCCUCUCGCUCCUUCUCGUCUCCGCCCCUGUUCUCCUCGCCGUCGCCGACACCCUUCUCCCCUCCGCCCUCCUCUCCGCCUCCCUCCCCCCCUCCUCUCUUUCUCUCGAAACCCUCUCCUCCCACUUCAGCACCUACGACUUCCGGUACUCCCUCAUCGACAUCCCUCUCAUCUCCAUUCUCAGAUCCGCCGUCAUCAUCUGCGUUUACAGCCUCUGCGACGGACCGACGCUGUCGAGAGGGCCGUACAUGUGGAUAACGACGGCGUGCUCUGUUUUGUCGCUGGGUUUUGUUUCAGUGAAGGCGGCGUUUGUGUUCGGCGUUCCGAGGGCGGAUCGGGCGGCGGAUGGGCACGGUGGAGCCAUGGAAGUGGGUCUGUUCGGAUGCUCGCUGCUGCUGGCGGUGGCUCAUGUGGUGGUGGCGUAUAGGACCAGUUGCAGAGAGCGACGGAAGCUGCUGGUUUACAAAAUUGACAUCGAAGCUGUUUCUGGUGGGAAGAAUGGGUUUCCCAUUCCUCAGAGGUAUCAAAAGAUGAUUCUUCAACAACAGCACAUGAAAGGAAAGGGAAGUAAAUAAUUAUUAAGAACCAAAAAAGAAGGAAGGAAGGAUUAGGAUUCCUUCGGCAUGUUCUUUAUUUUUUACUGCUCCCAUUCAUCGGAUUCGGUUUUUCACUUUUUUCCAGGUAAAUUCAUGUUUCCCAAUUUGCUUUUUGUUCUUGUCGGAGUAAUAGGGCUCUGUUUUCCGUUCUUCAACUGUAACUCGUAGUUUUCCGAUUGCCUACUAAACUAAUAUUGCAUCUUUAGAAAAUUAACUUGAGCAUUAUUUUAAUGUGACGCAACAGGUUUCGUCCAAAGGAGGCUGCCAGUGGAGAUGGAGAGAGUUAUAGAGAGAGUGAUUAAUUUAAUUUAAUUUAAUAUACGAAUAGAAGAUGUAGGUAGAGGUAGGGAGCGACCACCGUAGAUGCUGUACAGAGACAUUAGCAAGCUAUUGGGAGGUUGUGUUUGAAUUAUAAUAUUCGCCAUUAUGUAGUGUUUGUUUGUGCAUGGUUUCACUACUGUCAUCUCUUCUGUCAUUGAAGUUAAUUGUAUAGCUCUUCUUCUUCUUCUCCUCA